AUGCUAAAUUCAUUCAUAAAGAAUGAGGUUGGCCAUCUUGAACCUCCAACUCCAUCUGAUGAGAGAGUGCUACCUACUUACAUGUCGGAUGAUGUUCGCCAACAAUGCCACUCUGAUGACUAUGCCCGUGGCAGGCGUAGAGAGAUUAUGAAGGCAAAGUAUGCCGAGUCACCAACACUUCAAGAGAUACAGGAUACAAAGGAUACAAAUAGUAAGAGUUUUAAGCCGUAUAGAGCCUAUUUCCUCGCUACGGGCUGGCCCAUUAUGUUCUUCUUUAUACUUACAUUUACCUUUGCAACUUUGGAUAAUACCAAAUUUGUUAUUACUUCCAAAGUGUCAGAUUCUGUUAUUGAUUAUGCUAAUGAACGCUAUGGAGAAACAGUGUCACUGGAGGAUGUUAAAGAAUACUGUAUCAAUGCUUGCAAGGAUGUAGCAUUUUCAUGUUUGGAGACAUACACCUAG